CAGGGGCCGCUCGUGGACAGGGUCUCCUUGGCAACCACAUGCUCCGCCCUCCCCGCCCCUUUAACCUUUAGGGUGCGCGGGUGCCCAGUCCCUCGAACUCCCUCCCUUUUCCCCCUCCCCUGUCCCCACCCCUUGCUCGAGGCCGGCCAGGCCGGAAGUGAAGAUGGCGGCGGCCGCUGGCGCUGCUUCGGUGGAGCUGGUGAUCGGCUGGUGCAUAUUCGGGCUCUUAUUACUGGCUAUUUUGGCGUUCUGCUGGAUUUAUGUUCGGAAAUACCAGAGUCGGCGGGAAAGUGAGGUUGUCUCCACCAUGACCGCAGUUUUCUCCCUGGCAAUUGCACUGAUCACGUCAGCACUUCUACCAGUGGAUAUUUUUUUGGUUUCUUACAUGAAAAGUCAAAAUGGCACAUUUAAGGACUGGGCUAAUGCUAAUGUCAGCAGACAGAUUGAGGACACUGUACUGUAUGGUUACUAUACUCUGUAUUCUGUUAUAUUAUUCUGUGUGUUCUUCUGGAUCCCUUUUGUCUACUUCUAUUAUGAAGAAAAGGAUGAUGAUGAUACCGGCAAAUGCACUCAAAUUAAAACAGCCCUCAAAUACACUUUGGGAUUCGCUGUGAUUUGUGCUCUUCUUCUCCUAGUUGGUGCUUUUGUUCCAUUGAGUGUUCCUAAUAAUAAAAAUUCUACAGAGUGGGAAAAAGUGAAGUUUCUCUUUGAAGAACUUGGAAGUAGUCAUGGUUUAGCUGCAUUGUCUUUUUCCAUUAGUUCACUCACCUUGAUUGGAAUGUUGGCAGCUAUAACUUACACAGCCUAUGGCAUGUCAGCAUUACCUUUAAAUCUGAUCAAAGGCACUCGAAGUGCUGCUUAUGAACGUUUAGAAAACAGUGAAGACAUUGAAGAAGUGGAGCAACACAUUCAGACGAUUAAAUCAAAAAGCAAAGAUGGCCGACCUUUGCCAGCAAGGGAUAAACGUGCCUUAAAACAAUUUGAAGAAAGGUUACGAACACUUAAGAAAAGAGAGAGGCACUUAGAAUUUAUUGAAAACAGCUGGUGGACAAAAUUCUGUGGUGCUCUGCGUCCACUGAAGAUCAUAUGGGGAAUAUUUUUCAUCUUCGUUGCAUUGCUGUUUGUGAUUUCUCUCUUCCUGUCAAAUUUAGAUAAAGCUCUUCAUUCAGCUGGAAUAGAUUCUGGUUUCAUAAUUUUUGGAACUAACCUGAGUAAUCCUUUAAAUAUGCUUUUACCUAUACUGCAAACAGUUUUUCCUCUUGAUUAUAUUCUAAUAACAAUUAUUAUUAUGUACUUUAUUUUUACUUCGAUGGCGGGAAUUCGAAAUAUUGGCAUAUGGUUCUUUUGGAUUAGAUUAUAUAAAAUAAGAAGAGGUAGAACCAGGCCCCAAGCACUCUUAUUUCUCUGCAUGAUACUUCUGCUUAUUGUCCUUCACACUAGCUAUAUGAUAUAUAGUCUUGCCCCCCAAUAUGUUAUGUAUGGAAGCCAAAAUUACUUAAUAGAGAACAAUACUACUUAUGAUGAUAAUAAAGGCAAUUCAACUAUUGCUACACCAAAGAGAUGUGAUGCUGAUGCCCCUGAAGAUCAAUGUACUGUUACCCGGACUUACCUAUUCCUUCAUAAGUUCUGGUUCUUUAGUGCUGCAUACUAUUUUGGCAACUGGGCCUUCAUUGGGUUCUUCUUGAUUGGGUUAAUUGUAUCCUGUUGUAAAGGGAAGAAAUCCGUCAUUGAAGGAGUAGAUGAGGAUGAUUCAGACAUAAGUGAUGAUGAGCCCACUGUCUAUUAUGAUUGACACCCUUCUGUCUUAAAGCUGACUGAAUACCUGUUAUGCAUUUUAAAGUAUUAAUCUUACAUCAAGAUGAACCAAUUAAUUAGCUUUCAUCAAAAAAUGGGAGCAUGGCUUUAAAAGAACUAUAUUUUUUAUGUUUUCUGAAAUAACAUUAUUGUAUCAUAGACUCACAUUUGAAAUUACUAAAAUAAUAUUAUGUAAAUAUAAAAGCUUUGUGAAGGAAUAUUUGUGGAAAUUGUUUUUUCUCUAAUGUAUAAUAGUGUUGAAUUCAUUAAAAAUCUUCCAGAAUUAAUAUUUCCAUUUGUUUCUUUAUAAAGAAUAAAUGACUUGCAUAUGUGUCUUUGUGGAAUUUUAAAGUAUAUAUGAUUGGUUAAUAGAUAAUGUUCAUAAUAUAGCUAAUAAAUAAACUUCACUCCCAUGUGUAUAGUA